GGAUAAGCAUUAUACCUGGAUUUACAUGUUGCCUUUGUUCCCCAGCUUGUCUGUUUUGUUGUCAUGUGCAUUACAUGUAGUUGUAUAUAAGGUCUCUUCGAAGAGUUACCUUUGUUCAUUUUGUCCUCUUCUUUCACUCUCUUUUAUCUAAUGCGCUUCGCUGUGGUCGUUCUUCCUCUCUCCGUCGCCGUCUCGUCAGCGUUUGCGGCGUUGCUCACCCGUCAAAGCCUGCCUAGUUGUGCUGUUCCUUGUCUGACAAAUGCUGACUUCGGUAACUGUUCUGAAACCGACGACAACUGUCUUUGCCACAGUGAGGCUUUCAUCAACAGCACCACGUCCUGUAUCCAGACAUCAUGUACGGGGUCUGACCUCACAAAUGCCGAAGCAGCUUCCCAAUCGCUUUGUGCUGCAGUGGGCGUCACCUUGACCUCUGGUGUCGCUGCUGCGACAUCUACCUCAGCAUCAUUCGAUAGUACCGCUACAGGUACCACAGUCAAGUCUUCGUCCUCCAAUGCUGCAUCAUCGCAUAGCGUUAGCAUGCUCACUGGUGUAGCAGCCUUUGCCAUCCUGGCCGCAUCAUUAUGAAGAGAUUGCGAGUCAUAUUAUUUUUUUCGCGUUCUUUUGCGCAUUAGGACUUUAUGAUCCUUGUCGCGGCGUUUCGAAGGUUGACUGAGCAUGAACUCACGACUACCUGAUUGAUUUUUUGCAAGCGGUUCGAUAGAGGAGGGAUUUAUAGUUACAUUUUAGUUGAACUGCUAUCUUCAUGCCACGUUAGGCAAUUUAUUUGAUUUUGUGUGCACAAGCGCGCAUGGCCUCCGACUCAAUUUAAAUAAAGUUGUAUUUGCCG